GUCACUGUCAUGAACAGUUCAAGUGAGUACAAGAAUGCCUCAAAGUAAAGGAACAGGUUACCUUGCGAACAGUUUUUGAACUAGGAUUAUGACGGAGUUGUCCAAGGCUGUACGGCAUAAAAAUGGUUGUUCGGUUCGCGAUAGACCUUAUAGACCUCACCUCAGACUCGGAGACCUUAACCGACCUUUUUCAAAAGCCCUCUGCUUUGGAAAGUCAUGAAGCUCAGUGGUUUGCUUGAGUCGAGGGAGACCUUGCUUGAGUAUGUUUUUGUGAAGCCUCAUGUCCGUAUACCCAUGAAUUGGUCAAAUUUUUCGACCUAUUUUCUUCCUCUCCUCGUCUCUUACUAUGCUCUUGCCGUGCUUGUUCAACUUCCGAGGACAUAUCUCUUUCGUCUUGCAUUGCUUCCCAUCACGUUGUGGCUUGCCUUUAGAGCUGGUGUAAACCUUGAUUUGUCCUGGGCUGACCCUCAGCGCUCUUUUUUGAACCAGGGACUGGUGCUGGGGAUGUAUACAAUUGCUAUGCGUGCGACUGCAUGGACAUUUUGCAAGGAGCCCUACCGACGAUCCAUUACAAAAUAUCACCAAAAGCAAACCGCAAGUUCUAGUCAGAAUGAUUCAUCCAAUCCAGGCUACGAUUCCAUCAGUUUCCAGCGUGCCCUACAAAAUGCUUGGGACUUGAUGGUUAACCUUCGUGGUAUUGGAUGGAGCUGGUCUCAAGGUCUGCACAUAGCCGAGGAAACUCGUCCUACAGAUUCUCGUUUGGCGUUUCUGGGAGUCAGUUUUGUGCGUUUGGUGAUAUAUGUCCUCGCUUUCGACGCAGUCUCCGCAAGCGUUCGUUCGUUCUCUCUGGAAACAUUUGGCUCUGCUAAAGGUGGCACCAUUUUCGACCCUUCACUUCCACCCAUACAUCGGUAUCUUAUCGCAUGCGCCGUCACAUUCCUAGCUGGAUGGACGGCCUAUUUAGUAAUUGAGCUAUUCUAUGUCCUGACAGCGAUACAAUUCGUGUUAUUAUUUGGACAACACCCCCAGCAGUGGCCACCCCUUUUCGACUCUCCUUGGCUGUCCACUUCACUGACGGAUUUCUGGGGAAAACGAUGGCAUCAACUUUUUCGCAAUUGCUUUGUUUCUGUAGGGUCUCAGCCCUUCUCCUAUCUUGCAGGGCGGGUUGGAGGAGUAAUGGGAGCAUUCCUUAUGUCUAGCAUCUUGCACGAUCUUGGUAUGCGGGCAAUGGAUCGCGGUCAAGAUUCAUUAUACAUAUUCGCAUUUUUCAUGAUGAAUGGUGUCGGACUCAUUCUCGAGCGUAUAUGGCUAAAAACAACAGGAAAACGCGUCUGUGGUAUCUUCGGGUCGAUGUGGGCUAUUGUAUGGUUGACUGCUUGGGGAACGCUGAUGAUAGAUGCAUGGGGUAAAAGAGGACUUAUCGGCUCGCAAUUCUUUCCUGAAGGUUAUAGACCAACCUUACUGCUCGUUGAUUUUGCUGCAAGGUUUGUAUGAUUUGGCGAUAAUCAUUUAGAAUCGAGGGACCUGGUACAACUGUUGUGCACUACUAUACUUUUCGUAAUCAAAUGAUACAUCGACUCCAGAAAAGUUUAACAUGCAUGCUGAACGAAGUGAAAUAGUAAACCGAAC